AUGAUGACGAUGAGUGGCCAUAGAUCUGGCUCUACUCUCCUUUAGCCUCUUCACUCUACACAAACACAGCCGCACACUCCUUACACUUCACUACUGAAGUGAGCAAACCAAACCCCCAAAAAUCAAGAGAGAGAAAAUCUAGUAAAAAUUAGAGAGAUAAAGAGGGAAAAUAAAGAACGAGACUUUCGCAUUUUUUGAUAACAGAAACAAAAAAGGAGAUAAAAAAAGAAAACCCAUACUCAAUGGGCGAGGAGAAGAAGAAGGUAGAAGGGGAGAAGAAAGCAGAGGAGAAAAAACCAGAGGAAGGGAAAACCGCAGCGCCGGAGAAGAAGGCCGAGAAAGAAGAGAAACCGGCGGCACCGGCAGCGGAGGAGAAACCAAAGAGUGAUGAAAAGAAAUCAGAGGAUGGUAAUAAGGAAAAAGAUGGUAAGGAUUCAAAAGAUGAGAAACCGGCACCGCCGCCACCACCGCCGGAGAUUGUGUUGAGAGUUUACAUGCAUUGCGAAGGAUGCGCUCGUAAAGUCAGGAAAUGUCUUAAAGGCUUUGACGGGGUUGAGGAUGUGACGACCGAUUGUAAGACACACAAGGUGGUGGUGAAGGGGGAGAAGGCAGAUCCGGUGAAGGUGUUACAUAGAGUACAGAAAAAGACACACCGCCAAGUUGAGUUGCUAUAUGCUCCUCCAAAACCACCCGCUGAAGAGCCUAAGAAGGCUGAGGAGAAAGAACCACCAAAACCAGAGGAGAAAAAAGAAGAGCCAAAAGUUAUAACUGUGGUGCUCAAGGUUCACAUGCAUUGUGAUGCUUGUUCUUUAGAGAUCAAAAAACGCAUAGAGAGAAUGAAAGAGGUGGAAGAGGCGAUCCCAGAUCUAAAGAACUCACAAGUGACGGUGAAGGGAACGUUCGAGGCGGCGAAGCUAGUGGAAUAUGUGUACAAGCGGACAGGCAAGCAUGCUAGCAUAAUAAGCCAAGAUCCUCCUCCAGAAAAGAAAGAGGAAGUGAAGGAAAAAGAUGGAAAAGAUGAAAAGAAAGGAGAAAAUGGUGAGGAUGAAAAAAAGGCUGAACAAAAGGGGGAGGAAGCAAAGGGAGACAAAAAAGAAGAAGCCGGUGGCGGUGGUGAAGGCGGUGGAGAUGAGGGAAAGGCAGCAGCGGCAGCGGCAGCAGCAGCAGCAGCGGGCGAUGGAGAGGCGACAGUGGUGGAGGAGGGACCAACAAUUGUAGAGUUGAAGAGGAAUGAAUUUUACCAUUACCCUCCUAGAUAUGCAACGGAAAUGUAUGCAUACCCUCCUCAGAUCUUUAGUGAUGAAAACCCUAAUGCUUGUUCCAUCAUGUAAAUUUUUACUUCCUAAAACAUUUCGUUGGGGACAAAAUAUAUUUGGUUGAUUUUACAUUCUUACUAUAGUACAAUAGGUAUAAUAUUGGGUUAUGUUUAAAGCAUAAAAGGCGGGCCAUGGCCCGCGGGGAUGGUGGGGUGUGGUGGUGGUGGGGAAUGUGGUGGGGUGGUGAGGGAAGGGCAAUAGUGUAAAUUCACCUUUGACCCUUUCCUUUUUGUCUCUUUACAUGUGGUCUUUGGUUAGUGUAGUAGCUCCUUUUAGCAAAGUAGUAUAAAAUCCAUGCAGAGAAAUCCUAGAAUGAAAUUUUUGGUGAGGCCCUUUUGUACCUUUUUUGUUCUUAAUUCUGUAGUAGGCAGUGUAGAAAUCAUAAUAAUGAUAUACUAAUCAUGUAGUUUUUCGCCAUAAGUAAAUAAAUAAAUAUUUAUUUGUACUAUAA